AUGGUGCGUGUCAUCGCCAGAUGGCGCUUCCAUAUCACCGCCAUCAUCAACUACAACUCCGCCCGUGAAAGCGUUGGUACCAUCCUGCGGGCCCUCAUCCUCACAGUCAUCAGCGCCAGCAUCGGCACGGUUCACACGGCGCUGGCUCUCCCUCCCCGUGAACUCGACCACUCCAUCGUCAAGCCGCACUAUGUGCAUGCAGUGCCGGUGCUGCAUGGCGAGGCGGCGUUCUCCUUCGUCGAGUUCGUGGACGAGCAGGGGGAAACCCUGCAUGGACGCGUCCACCUCCUUCUGUCCGUGGCGUCCGCUUGUGCCGCUGAGGACGAAGAGGACCGUGCGGUGGCGUUUUUCCGGCGCUGGAUCCCACAAAAUGUCAAUGAGUGCACGGGGUGCAUGAUCAUGCACCCUGCCGUCUUUGACAAUGGGUACCACGUGGUGCCCAUUGAUGCAAUUCAGAAGACCGUGCACAUGGUGCAGUCGUUUGAGCACCCCACCUACUGGUUUCUGAACAAGUGGGCGCAGGGUUGCCGCGAGGAGCCCCGUUGA